AUGGCCGAUGUGCUGUGGCCUGUGUGUGCCUGGACUUUCAAGGGGAUUCUUUGCACUUGCAGGUUCCUCUGGAUAUGUCCGUAUAAUGCAGUUCAUUUCCUGCCAAGAGAAAGACAAAAAAACAAGUACACAGAGAGGCAGCCAAAAGGAAGCUGUGACUGUGCCGCUCCUGGUCCUACAUCCCCAAGCCCUGACCGCAUCACGGACCUUCACACCAGAGUGACCAAGACCGAGAAGGAGAUCCUGGCCCUGAAGACCCGAACGGCCUGCGAGAGGGCAUCAUGGGAGCGCAGGUUUACCGAGCUGCAGAGAAAACAGGAACAAACGCUCUCUCAGCUCAGGGCCUCGCAGGGUGUGGAGCAGCGAGCGGGGAGUGAGGCGGGAGUGGACAACGGCGAGGUCUUCGAGGAGUCCACAAGUGAAGAGUCAGACGUCUGGCAGUCGCUGAGCAGGUGUGAGGUGGCAUCCAGGGCAGAGCACACGGACUGGAGUCGGCCCUCCUCUUCAUCAUCUGUUUUCAGCGGCCGCUCCUGGCGCUCCGGUCAGCGGGUGUUUGUGCCUCACUCUCCCCUGGACCUGACGCUGGGCCACAGGGUGCGGGUGGUGCUUCCGUCCGGUCGCAUCAGCACCGGAUCCGUGCGCUUCAUCGGUCACCUGCAGGGGGAGGAAGAGCUCCACCUGGGCGUCGAGCUGCCCUCCCCGGACCCCGCUCUCACAGACGGCAGCCACCGGGGACAGUGCUACUUCCAAUGCAAACCGGGCUGUGGUGCCUUUGUGCCGUUCCACAAGCUCCUCAUGGCCUGGGAAUGA